UGAGAUCGAGAGAGCACUCCAACUAAUCGCAAAUUCGCAACUGCAACUUUGGAUCUCCACCUUAUCCCUCUCACACUCUCUUCGCGCCAACGCUCGAUCCUUCAUCAGGCAAUUUUUUUGUUUGUUUGGCGUCGCCAUGAAUUUUUUGAUGCGGUCUACUACGAAUGUGUAUACAGAAAGUUCAUCGAUUCCGCAACCUCGCGUUGACACGCAUCAUAGGUCUGCAUCUGCUGGAUCUUCUCUGGAGACUCUAACGUCUGAUGAUCCAUACCCAUCGUAUGAUGCUAAGAUUGAUCGCAGCAUGGCUGUUCUGAAUUCAAAACUUGACUUGCCAGCUAUGGUUGAUAAGCACGUGGAUGUUUCUGAGGAAGAAGGAUGGAUUACCAUUCCAUGCAAGGAACUUCCUGAAAACUGGAAUCAUGUGCCAGAUAUACAGUCCCUGUGUUCUCUUGAUCGUUCCUUUCUUUUUCCUGGUGAACAAGUUCAUAUCUUGGCAUGCUUGUCUGCAUGUAAGCAGGAUACACAAAUUAUUGCUCCAUCUAAUGCAAUGAUGAGUGAGAAUGGCAUAGGUCACAGACCUGAGAAAGAAAAUGGAAACAUUGAAAACAAAAAAAAUUCAGCUUCUAGAGAAGGGGAACUGAGUACCAGUGGUGAAGAGCAGCCUGCAAAUGUUUCAGAUGGUGAUUCCCUUCUUAGGAUGGAGGUACAGAAGAGGCAAACUGCAUUAUUAUUGCAAAAAUUUGAGAAUUCUAACUUCUUUGUGAGGAUUUCUGAGUCCGAUGAGCCCCUUUGGUCCAAAAGAUGCUCUUCAGAAAAAAUUUCCAACUCUUCUGGGGCAAAUAAUCAAGAGGCCUCAACAAGCAAAAUCAAAGAGACUGCAUUGUCUUCUAUUAGUGCAGAUAUUGAUAGAGGAAAUUUUGAUGCAACUACUACUGGUGGAGUGGCAAGAAAUUCGGUCAAGUGCUGUGCUCUACCUAAUGGAGACAUAGUGGUUCUUUUACAGGUGAAUGUUGGUGUAAAUUUUCUUAGAGAUCCUUGUAUAGAAAUUCUCCAAUUCGAAAAGUGUCCGGACAGAAUGCUGUCUCCUGACAGCCAGGUGGAUGCAGUUAAUACAAACCAGGAUCCAUGUGCAGAACUGUUAAAUUGGAUACUUCCAUUGGAUAACAGGAAGCCUUCUACUCGCCAGCUACCCCCUCAUUUAACUUCAAAUUCAGGAAUUGGUAGCACCUCUCAGUUAUUCUCCUUUGGCAAUGUCAGAAGUUACUCCAUGUCAUCGUUACCCCAAAGUACGAGUGCUCCAGCUGCUCCUGUUAAAGCAGCUAGUUCUAAGCCGAGCUUUGAUCUUGAGGAUUGGGAUCAAAUCUCAUAUCAGAAAACUUUAAGGAAAAAAACUGGGGUGGAAGGACUUUUAUCUUUUCGAGGUGUCUCAUUGGAGCAAGACAGAUUUUCUGUUUGUUGUGGAUUAGAAGGCAUCUAUAUGCCCGGAAGAAGGUGGAGAAGGAAACUUGAAAUAAUACAACCUGUAGAGAUCCAUUCUUUUGCUGCUGAUUUCAAUUCAGAGGAUCUUCUGUGUGUCCAGAUAAAGAAUGUUGCUCCUGCACAUGCUCCAGAUAUUGUGAUGUUUAUAGAUGCCAUAACCCUCGUUUUCGUGGAGGAUACAAAACAUGGAACAUUGUCAUCAGUGCCGAUUUCAUGUAUUGAAGCUGGAAAUGAUCAUUGUCUACCAAAUCUAGCCCUCAGGAGAGGUGAAGAGCAUUCUUUUAUCCUUAAACCAGCAACUUCUACAGGGAAGAGUCUCAAUGUUCAGGAUGACAGAAGUUCCCGAUUGUCAAAGUUGCAAUUUGGAGAUAAAACAUCAAAAUUAAUUCUUGACAGAAGGAAGAUUGCUUUAAUUAAUGAUCAGUAUGCAAUUAUGGUGUCAUGUCGAAGCAAUUUUACGUCAUCAAGGUUGUUCUUUAAGCAACCAACCAGUUGGCGACCACGUACCUUGAGGGAUAUUAUGAUCUCUGUUGCAUCAGAGAUGUCAGGACAGUCUGCUGGGCCUUAUGAAAAAACUAGCCGACUUCCUGUGCAGAUCUUAACUCUUCAAGCUUCAAAUUUGACAUCCGAGGAUCUAACUUUCACAGUGCUUGCUCCAGCCUCAUUUACUUCACCCCCUUCUGUGGUCUCCCUGAAUUCACCGACGACUCCAGUGAGUCCUUUUAUUGGUUUCGCAGAGUUUCUAGGAAGAGGAAACAGUGAAAGAGGUAUUGGUGCCACACGGGGACAGAGCAUCACUUCUAUUGUAAAAGGAAAUGAGAAACAAAGUUAUGAUGGCGAAGUUCAGGCAGUUUCUACGAGUGAUGAUGCCAUUCCUAGUUCUGGUCUUAGUUGUACACAUCUAUGGCUGCAGAGUAGAGUUCCGCUUGGGCGUAUUCCAGCUCGAUCCAUAGCCACAAUUAAGCUUGAACUACUACCAUUGACUGAUGGCAUAAUUAUGCUGGACUCUUUGCAAAUUGAUGUCAAGGAAAAAGGUGUUACCUAUAUCCCUGAGUGCUCACUAAAGAUAAAUGCUACUUCCAGCAUUUCCAAUGGGAUUAUUUAGAAUGGACCUAUAGCUGGUUGCAUUUCCUUCUGCGUUUUCUCUGGGGCAGUAGAAACAAAAAUGGAUGAUAUGCUUGCCUAAAUUUUAGAAUUGCUCUCGCCACUUACUAUCAAUGGCACAAAGGUAGAUAUCAUCCGUUAGUCACUUAGUUUGGAACUAUGGUGGAGUUGGCAUGUCAAUUUGUCCUAAUAUAGUUUCACUUUUGCAUUUUAAACCACGAGCUUAAACAGAUGAUUGUUACAUACCCCUUUAAGGGGAACAAUGUAAUCUUUAUAGAUAAAACUUUUUUCUAGUGAAGAUGUACGUAUCUGACUCUUCAGAGUGAAAACAAGGAU